AUGAGUAGAAACGUUGAUAAAGCCAAUUCAGUGCUUGUGAGGUAUCAGGAGCUUCAAGCUGAGCAGGCAGGUGGCUAUAAAGAUUACUCUCGUUUUAAGAGGCCUACCAAGGUUAAUAAAGUUACCAAAUUAGAUGAAGCUCAACGAUGGAGAGCUGAAGUAGUUAAGGAUAUUGGUAAUAAAAUAACCCAAAUACAUGAUCCUUCGCUUAACGAUUUGCAAAUAGAAGAGCUAAAUGAUGAGUUGAACAGAUUAUUCUAUGAGAAGCUGCGAUGGGAAACUCAUAUCCGUAAAGUUUUAAAAGGUCCCGAUUAUAGAAAGAUGAAAAAAGGCCUGAAUACGACAGGCGGUAGGAUACUAAAUGGAACACGUUAUUUUGGCAGGGCUCUAGAACUUCCAGCUGUUCAAGAAUUAAUCAAGCAAGAAAAGGAACAGAAAAGAAAACAGUUGACCAAGGCGCAAAAGCACCAGCAGUUAAUUGCAAACGUUAAUCGAUGGAAAAAGGAGCUAGGUACUAACUACUAUGGAGAAGAUAUAACUGAUGAUAUUCUUAACUAUGAAGAAUCAAGAGGGCAGGAUUUGAAGCUUGAUAUUGCUUCUGCACCUAGCGAUGACGUUCCGAAAGUGAUUAUUCCUCAGUUUGAAGAUUUGCCCACAAUGGCAGAUGUUGAGCGCUGGUUGGUGGAAAAGAGGAAAAAAAGGUUACAGAAGCAGCUGGGCUUGUAG